AUGGCAGCCAAGUUUAUUCCGCGCAAGAUCUUCCCUCAUUAUGAAUCGAUUCCCAGAUCUUAUUUCCUCGGUCAUCACCGGGCCGGACUGGAAAAGAUGAAGAAUAUGUUGUCGUCUGUGGACUAUAUCAUUGAAUGCCGUGAUUUCCGCGCUCCGGUCACUUCGAUCAAUCCUAUGUUCGAGGAAGCGCUUGGGGAUAAAUCACGAAUGAUAGUUUAUACUAAGAGAGAUUUGGGAGGGAAUCACAGAGCGGCAGUGCAGCAAGUAAGUUUCGCUAUGCGUACCGAGAAAAAGAUCCGGAACCUGGAUCCAAAAAGCGCCGUCUUCUUUGUCAGUUCGUCUUCGAAUAAAGACACUGCAUCCGUCAUCAAAUAUCUUAGGAAUGAUGCUCAUGGUCCGGAUCGGCUGGUGGGAUGUCGCGUUAUGGUUGUCGGAAUGCCCAACGUGGGUAAAUCGACACUAAUCAACGCUCUCCGGAACCAAGGCAUGGGAAAAGCAAAAGCUGUCAGAACAGGUGACCAGCCUGGAAUAACAAGAAAGAUCGGGACACCUGUCAAGAUCGUUGAGCGAGAAGAAGGCUCGGAUGUCUACGUACUCGAUACGCCCGGUGUAUUCGUUCCUUACAUGCCAGAUGCCGAAAGGAUGCUAAAGCUGGCGCUCUGUGGCUGCGUGAAAGAUACCAUCAUUCCACCUACCACUAUAGCAGACUAUUUAUUAUAUCAUAUCAACCUGCACAACCCGCAGGUGUAUCAGCGAUGGUCAGAACCGACCAACGAGGCCCUGCCUCUCCUCCAGGCUUUUGCACGUCAAACGGGAUUACUUGCCAAGGGAGGGGUCCCGAAUAUAGACCUUGCAGCGCUGCGUUUCAUACAGAAGUGGAGAGCCGGUGAGUUGGGGAAAUUCAUCCUCGACGAUGUGGAUGCUGAGCAUGAACGGCGCCAACACGACACUGGGGAAGAGCCUGGUCCGAGCAUGACACAGGCGCUGAAGGCCGCAAAACUGGCGAGAAAACAACGAAAUUCACCAGCAUGA